GCGGCCCCGCUGCCCGCCCGCGCGCCAUGGGGGAGCUGCGCGAGGUGGAGGGCAGCGCGCUGCGGCGGCUGCUGCGGCGCGAGGCGGGCCCCGGGCGCUGCCCGCUGCUGCUGGACUGCCGGCCCUUCCUGGCCCACGGCGCCGGCCACAUCCGCGGCGCGCUCAGCGUGCGCUGCAACAGCAUCGUGCGGCGCCGCGCCAAGGGCGCCGUCAGCCUGGAGCAGAUCCUGCCGGCCGAGGGCGAGGUGCGCGCCCGCCUGCGCGCCGGCCUCUUCCCCGCCGUGGUGCUCUACGACGAGCGCAGCGCCCGCGCCGAGAGCCUGCGGGAGGACAGCACCGUGUGGCUGGUGGUGCGGGCGCUGCGCCGCGACACGGCGCGCGCCGACAUCCGCCUGCUCAAAGGAGGCUACGAGAGGUUUUAUUCAGAGUACCCAGAAUUCUGUGCGAAAACGAAAUCCCUGAGCAGCAUUUCUCCACCAGCCAGCACAGAGCCGAUCGAACUGGGGUGCAGCUCCUGUGGGACUCCCCUGCAUGAUCAGGGAGGCCCAGUGGAAAUCCUUCCUUUCCUCUACCUUGGCAGUGCGUAUCACGCAGCCCGGAGGGACAUGCUGGACACGCUGGGCAUCACGGCCCUCUUGAACGUCUCGUCAGACUGUCCCAAUCACUUCGAAGGACACUAUCAGUACAAGUGCAUCCCAGUGGAGGAUAACCACAAGGCUGACAUCAGCUCCUGGUUCAUGGAAGCAAUAGAGUAUAUAGACUCGGUGAAGGACUGCCACGGCCGGGUACUGGUGCACUGCCAGGCUGGCAUCUCCCGCUCUGCCACCAUCUGCUUGGCCUACCUGAUGAUGAAGAAGCGUGUGAAGCUAGAGGAGGCGUUUGAGUUUGUCAAACAGCGCAGGAGCAUUAUCUCCCCCAACUUCAGUUUCAUGGGGCAGCUGCUGCAGUUUGAGUCCCAAGUGCUGGCCACCUCCUGUGCUGCCGAGGCUGCCAGCCCCCCGGGGCCGCUGAGAGAGCGGGGCAAGGCCUCCUCCACGCCAACCUCCCAGUUUGUGUUCAGCUUCCCGGUCUCCAUGGGGGUGCACGCGACCCCCAGCAGCCUCCCCUACCUGCACAGCCCCAUCACCACCUCGCCCAGCUGUUAGCACAUGGCACUAACUCCAGCACUGAGGUAGCACCUCCAGCAGGAGGGAUGCUGACCUCACAGCCGCUGCCAGCCAUGAGCCUGCAAUAACUGACUGGCCUCGCUGGCCAGCAUUGCCACUCUCCCCUCGACACCGAGCAAUAACGGCUGGUCUGCCGCUGGCUUCGAGCUGCCUCUGGGGGUCCUUGUUUUCGCGGAGAAACUCCUUACCUCAUUGUUUUUUUUUGUUGUUUUUAAGCAGCAAGGCUUGAAGUUGUGAAUUCCACAAAUCCUGACAAUGUGUCUGACCAGUUUUGUUUGGGGAAGAAAAUUACAAUUUCCCAAAGUGCCUGGUUUUGAUUUUUUCCCUAAUAUUUCUUUAAUAAAAUCCCCCAAAACAAACACCCAGCAGAAAUAUUUUUAACCUGGGCAGGAGACUUCUGGUUUUAAAACAUGGACUUGCUAAAAACAAAGUUGAGCCCAUGAGAUUUAUUGCAGUGAUUUCCUCUGAGUACUGAACUGCAACAUUUGUGCUGUCAGUGAUUCUAUAACCUGUUUGUGUGUUAACUAUGAGCACAACAGCAUGCAGGUCUCAAAGCAGCUAGAGAACAAAUCCUCUUAUCACAUACCUGCAAGGACUGCUGUACCAGUCUCCUGUGUUGGGGGACAGGGAUUAACGUGUGUAUUUCCAGGCUGUACACAAGUGAGUUCAGAUCACUCAGUCACUGCGCCAUGGACUCUUCCGUCCAAGGAACAAUCUUUGUGCGUAGUGGGUAGCACCUAGAGGUAGUAUCCUGUCUCCUUCCUAGCCCUGCUUGUAGUAAUGUAUCUUACAUCAGAAAAGGGUGGUUUCUUUACUUGGGUGGGGCCAAUGCUUAUACACCUGCUUUGCACUCCCCACGCUCCUCUGGAACACUGUGUAUAUCCUGGCAUGAGCUGGUGGGUGCUCUGUGCUGAGGCUCCUGGAUGCUUGCUUGGGAUCCAUCCUCGGGGGAUAUAAGGGAACAGUGCUAGGCUAGGAAGCCUGGGACCGUGGCAUGCUAAUCAGUAGUUCAUAAGCAUCAGUGACAGUAGGGUGCUGCUCUGGCUGCCCCAGAAAUGUUAUUUCCCAAAUCAGAAUAGCCUUUUUAUCCACUAGAGCAGUGUUUUCUCCAUUAGGGAACAAUCUUGGCAGCUGUGGCAGGGCAGGGUCACUGUCCUUUCUGGACAAGGGAGUCCUCUCGCACUCUGAAUGUACAGUGCAGUCGGGUGUCAGUAGGUACCCAUCAUUUCAAGCCACAAGUCUGCAAUGCCCUGCUCCAAACCCGCCUCAGGGCCAGUAAUGAAUCUGGCUGUACGAAGAUGCUAUCGUGCCUGAGACUGCAUUUGCUGGUAAUGUGGUUACUAGCUUUUUGUCCCCUUGUCAGUGUCCUUAGAUUCACGCUAGCUGCAUGCAGAUCCUGGUCCCCUUGGCACAACUCCCAUUUACUUCACUGAGAUCUGGAGCUAACGAGGUACAUCUACACUACCCAAAAAAACCCAGGAACCCUGCAGCAGCAAAUCUCAGAGCUCGGGUCAGCUGACUCAGGCUUGGGCUAGGGGCUACAAACAGCUGUGUAUACAUUCUGCCUUGGGCUAGAGCCUGGGCUCUGCAACCUGGGAGCUCUGAGCCUCAUUGCCCUAGGUCUGGGUUUUAUUUGUUGUGCUGUGUAGAGACCCCCCCGGGCUCCAUGGCAGCAAGCCCCAAGCUUCCAGCCCAGCAGAUUGAAAUAAAAACCACAACCGCAACUCAUGGCACAAUUUCCUCUUCUGUGUCUGGGACAGUGGACAACUCUGGCCACUGGGGGUCAGACACUUUUCACUGCAGACAGAUCUUCCCUUGCCUUCCUGGCGGUGUUUAUUUCUCCAUGGGAUUUGUGCCUUAGUUCUGUUGGGAACUGUCUCCCCAGAGCGCUGCACCCCUGAGAACCAUCAGUUCCCCAGACCCAAAUACUGCUGGGCAAGCUGACUCCUGCCCUCUGGUGGGCUGCUUGUGGCAGAAGGAAGCAGUCCUGUUUGCCAAAAUGGUAUCUCAAUAAUGCCCCCACCAACCUGUUCUGAGCAGGGGUUUCUCUUUUCUUUUCAGUCCCCCUUAAACAUCGCCUUGGCUCCUGACUCAGCCUGGGUUGGAAUGUGCUAAAAUUACCCAUUAAAGGAAUACCCUAGUCUGUUAAAUGAAGGUAGUUUGGCUCAAAUGUUCAACAGAGGCAGCUAAGCUUCACCUCUGAGUUCCAGCUGCUUUUACUUUUACUUUUGCACGUGCCAAUGUCUUGCAGUCAUAGCUUUGGGUUUUGGAAAAUGUGUCCCUUUAUAUGUGCCACACCAAAACUGGUAACUCGUCCCCAAGCCAAGGCCUCAGUGAUCUGAUCAGUUAACAGAUGGAGCACGCUCACCAGCCUGCAUUGAGCAACACUGCAUUUCACAUCAUUCCACUCUUAAUGCAAAUACACCCUGGAGUCUGUGACCUCUUCCCUGUGAGUAAGGUUCAAAACUGCCAUCACCUGCCCUUUUUUUACUACCGUAUUAACUGGUCAAAGAAGUUCAGUGUUCGUAGGGGGGGAAUCUAUGCCCAGAUUUGUUUGAAGACCAUCUUUUCCAAGAGCAAGAAACCAAACGCAGCCAGGCCUGUUGUGUCACUGGGUCUCUGUCUUCAAAAUUUCUUCCAUGUGGAGUGUGGUGGAGUUGAGCACCUUGCCCUCGGCGCCCAUGCUGCUGAUUCCCUAGUCCCGGCCCCUGGAGCAGGGCUGGGAGUGUAGCGAGAAGUGGAGCUUGGUGCCAGUGCCAUGGGGGGGAUGGAUGGAUGGGUGUAGCCCCUUGGCAUCACAGCAGGUAUUGUGAAUUCCAGUGCCACCUGGCACCAGGAGGCUUCGGCCCUUCCUGCUCCUGGGGUGUCUUCACUGAGCUUGGGCCCAAAGCAAGCAGGACCUCAGGUUAACACUUUAUCCACAAGAUGGCAGCUCCAGCUGGUGGUGCUGGAUGGUGCUCUGCCCAUUUGGGUAUGGCUGGCCUGGCCUCAAUGCUCCCACUGUCUCAUUGCUGGACGGGCACACACAGGGGUGUGGGUUUUUUGCUUUAGUGCUGGCUCCUCAAAUGGCCACUGAUCUCUUGUCCUGCACUUUAAGUAACAAAAUACCGUGGCCCACCAUAGGAGAGCAUCCUUGCUUUUGAUGAUCGCACAGAAUCUGUGCAGCCGGCUGUCCUCUCUGACCAAGGUGGCCACAGAUCCUUCUCCAAGGGUACAGCAAGGAGGCAGCUUUGGAUAAAAUCUGGAGAGCAAUGCAAUAAUUCCUGGGUCCAGCCCCCUCACUCACAGUGGUCCUGUUGCUACAGAUGUCUGUAUGUGUGUCAGAUGUAUAUAUGUAUGUUUUUUUAGAAAGUUGACAUGUUUGUUUUUAUUUAUUGCCUGAGAGAUCAUUUGGAGAAAAAUAAAUACAUUUUCAACAGUA